AUGAAACUCGCUAAAGAAGCAAUGAAAAAAGAAGCAAUGAGCCUAUACAAAGACUCUGAAAUUAUCCAAGAAGCUGAUAACAAGUAUUUUGAAAGAAGCUCGAGGGAAAUACACUUUGGAGAAAGCCGAGAUGAAUCCGAUUAUAGAAGAGAGUUUGGCUUCUGUAAAAUUGACCCUGUCAAACUGGAAGGCGAAGAAAGCGGUGAUGACAUGCCAUUAAAUGACAAGACGAGUGCUGUAACUAAUGCCAGGCAUAAAAAUAAAAUAUGCAGUCAAAGAUAUAGAAGCUUUAUUUGUGGAGCAAGCGGAAAAGCAGCUCAUAAAGAUAUCACUAGAUCAAAACAAGCUAUUCAUGCUCAUAUGCCAGCACCAGGCCUAUACUUAAAUCUAAGUUACUUUCAAUCAACUUUCCCUGCCUGGUCUCCUCAAUUAAGCUUAAGAUUCUCUAGUGAUACAACAGCUACAUUCACCUUAAUGGGUAAACUCCCCAGUCCUCUCAACAGUAAAAAAAAAAAGAAUAAAAAUAUCAAGAAUAAAGCCGAUAAUACUCAAUCAUAUGCAUACUUAAAUCUCACACCCUCUUCACUCGUUCAACAAAUUCAUAGUACGGUGUUAGUACGUUUUCGAUAUAAACUUCCUGAAGAUUUUGUUUCUACACACAUUCGCAAACUUCCAUUACUGAGAGAAAUAUGUUUACGAGUAGGAGUUCAAAUAGCAGCUCAAGGUUAUCAUUUUGUAAAAAAGAAAUCAAAAAAAAGAGCAACCACAUUCUUACCAGAUGAUAUCUUCAAUAUAAUACCUGUUGUCAAACAAGCAACUCCUAAAAAUGUUAAUUAUCAUAAAAAUUAUAUGUUAGGUCAUCGAGAUUUAGGCGUGGAUCUAAUGUUACAAUCACUUGCAUUACAUGAACAAAGUUAUGGUUUUCUUCAUCCAGCAACGGCAAAGUGUUACGUUGCAUUAGCGAUGUAUUUUUAUCAUCAUGAAGAUUUAGAAAUUGCGAUAGAUUUUCAAAAGAAGGCCGUUGUUGUAUUGGAGCGAACUUGUGGUACUGACAGUGUAGAAGCAGUGCAUGCUUAUUUACAUUUAGGUCUUUUUGAAAAUGCUAUUGGUCAUACCGAAAUCGGUCUUCGUUACAUGAAGCAUGCAAUGUUUUAUUGGGAAAUUAUAUAUGGACCUUCACACCCGGAUGGCGCAACCGCUGAUCAUAACGUCGGAAUUAUGUUACAAAAUUUAAAAGAUUUUGGUGGUAGUAUAAGGUUUUUCGAAAGAGCCAAAGAAACAAAUGAAACUAUCUUUGGAAAAAAUAAUGUUUUAACUGGUGAAUCAUACCAUCUCCUAGCGAAAGCUUUAGCACUUUCUGAAGAUUAUAAAGCAGCUUUGACUGCAGAAAAAUCAGCAUAUAAUAUUUUUCACACUGUGUUUGGACCUGAUCAUCCUCGAACUAAGGAAACUGAACAACUGCUUAAAGAUUUAACGUCAAAUGCUGUUCAUAAUGCUAAAAUGGCAUUAUUACAGAAACAAGAUAAGCGAAAAGCCACUUCUGCAAUGCAAAUAAGAACGGCAGGAAGUCAUCAUUCAAACAUCUCAACCAGUACUUUAAAAAAGAAAAAGUUUGCAAAAAAAGCAAUGAAAAAAGAAGCAAUGAGCCUAUACAAAGACUCUGAAAUUAUCCAAGAAGCUGAUAACAAGUAUUUUGAAAGAAGCUCGAGGGAAAUACACUUUGGAGAAAGCCGAGAUGAAUCCGAUUAUAGAAGAGAGUUUGGCUUCUGUAAAAUUGACCCUGUCAAACUGGAAGGCGAAGAAAGCGGUGAUGACAUGCCAUUAAAUGACAAGACGAGUGUGAUUGAAGAAUAA